AUGUAUAUAACACAAAUGACGGAAGAAAGUGGUCCUGGAAUGAAGAUCCUUUUGAUGGAUAAAAACACAACCAGCAUCGUUAGUAUGGUGUACGGACAGAGUGAAAUUUUAAGAAAGGAAGUAUUCUUGUUCGAAAGGAUCGACUCAAAUUCCCAGUACGAUCCAAUGAGGCACAUGAAAUGCAUUGCUUUUCUGCGUCCUACCAAAGAAAAUUUGGCCCAUCUUGAACGAGAACUUAAAAACCCUCAGUAUGGCGCAUAUUAUGUGUAUUUCAGUAAUAUUAUUGCCAAAGCUGACAUUAAAACAUUAGCAGAAGCAGAUGAUCAGGAAGUGGUGCGAGAAGUGCAAGAAUUUUAUGGAGAUUACUUGGCCAUUAGUCCACAUUUGUUUUCUUUAAACAUACCCAUUUGUUCACAAGGCUCAACCUGGGAUCUCUCUCAUUUACAGAGAAGUGUUCAAGGAAUAACAUCAGUGUUACUUUCUUUGAAAAAAUGCCCUUAUAUUCGUUAUCAAGCAUCCUCGGAAAUGGCAAAGAGGCUUGCUGAGAAGAUUAGGGAAGUUCUUUCAAAAGAAGAGUCAUUAUUUCAGUUUCGUCGUCCAGAAGUUGCUCCUUUGUUAUUACUUUUGGACCGUAGAGAUGAUCCUGUCACUCCAUUAUUGAAUCAAUGGACAUAUCAAGCAAUGGUUCAUGAAUUACUUACAAUUACUAAUAAUAGAGUUGACCUGUCACAUGUGCAAGGUAUUUCAAAAGAUUUAAAGGAGGUUGUUCUUUCAGCAGAACAAGAUGAUUUUUAUGCUAAAAGUUUGUACAUGAAUUUUGGAGAAAUUGGUCAGACAAUAAAAGAAUUAAUGGAAGAUUUCCAGAAACGAGCGAAAAGCCAUCAAAAAGUAGAAAGUAUUGCUGACAUGAAGAAUUUUGUGGAGACAUACCCACAAUUCAAGAAAAUGUCUGGUACUGUAGCCAAGCAUGUUACUGUAGUUGGUGAGCUUUCUUCUAUUGUUAGUGGUCAUAAUUUACUGGAAGUUUCAGAGUUAGAACAGGAAUUAGCAUGCCAAAAUGAGCAUUCACAGCAGUUGCAAAGAAUUCGCAAACUGCUAGCCAGUGACAGAGUGAGACAUAUUGAUGCUACACGUCUUGUUUUGUUGUAUGCUCUUCGUUAUGAGAAGCAUGCUAAUAAUGAUAUUGUGGGUCUUGUUGAUGCUUUAAAAAAGAGGGGAGUCCCAGAAAAUUUGACCAAAUGCAUCAGUCAAAUGAAGGAGUAUGGUGGAGCACGUGUCAGACAGAGUGAUUUGUUUGGCACCCAAGAUGCAGUGGUGAAAAUUACCAAAAGAUUUUUCAAAGACUUGAAAGGUGUUGAAAAUGUCUACACGCAGCACAGCCCUCUUCUUAAAGAAACAUUAGAAGAUCUUAUCAAAGGAAAGUUGAAAGAAAAUACAUUUCCUUAUUUAGGUAAGGAGCAAAUAAGAGGAAAACCUCAAGACAUUAUAGUGUUCAUUGUGGGGGGUGCUACAUACGAAGAAUCAUUAGUUGUGCAUCAAUUAAAUAAAAUGCAUCCAGUGCGGGUUGUUUUGGGUGGAACAACAAUCCACAAUUCCUCCAGUUUCCUUGAUGAAGUUAGAGGUGCCACACAUGGACUGGGGAGACGUGGACAUAACAUGUAG